CUUCAGCUAGCCCUAAAGGGUGCGCUAAAUCAAAUUGAAGCUGCUAGGAAUAGUGAGAAGUAUUUGUGCAUUCUAAUUUUCAAUUCACACCGAUGUGGAAGGACUGUUUUGCAGCCUUUUCUCGCCUAUCAGUCACUCUUCAGUGAUUCUUCGGUGAUUUUUCCUGGCGCGCUGAAAAUCGCGGUCCUCCCAGCUGAAAGAGAAUCGUACGGGGAGUGGAGAAUUGUGUACAGUCAAACUUGGAGCUGAAUUUUCAGCUGGCAGAUCAGCCUUUCGUCUUCAAACGCGUUUACGAUCGCUGCUCUAUCGUCGCUUCAUGGUCGUACCUGCUUGUUUCUAAUAUGGAGAACAGUGACUCGAAAAAAGCGGGGACACGCGUCUUCAAAAAGACGUCUCCUAAUGGAAAGAUUACCACCUAUUUGGGAAAGCGCGAUUUUGUGGAUCACAUUGACCACAUUGACCCUGUGGAUGGUGUUGUGUUGAUAGAGCCUGAUUAUGUCAAAGAUGGGAAGAAAGUAUUUGCACAUGUCCUGGCAGCAUUUAGAUAUGGACGUGAAGAUUUGGAUGUCCUUGGCCUUACAUUCAGAAAAGAUCUAUUUCUGGCGACUGCCCAAGUUUAUCCACCAAAACCAGAGGACGAGGUACAGCUCACGAGGCUUCAAGAAAGACUGCGAAAAAAGCUUGGGGCUAAUGCAUAUCCUUUCAAAUUUGAGUUACCCCCAUUUUCUCCUUCAUCAGUUACUUUGCAGCCAGCUCCAGGGGACACUGGCAAGCCUUGUGGAGUAGAUUAUGAACUAAAAACAUAUGUCAGUGAGUCAAUGGAAGAAAAACCUCGAAAAAGUGACACUGUAAGGCUCGCUAUCAGAAAGAUUACCUAUGCACCUGAACGCCCUUUGCCAAAGCAACAACCCUGGGCCGAGACGGACAAAGAAUUCAUGUUUGGUGCUCACAAGCUCCACAUUGAAGCUUCGCUAGACAAAGAGAUGUAUUAUCACGGAGAGGAGAUAGGAGUUAAUGUGCGUAUCGAAAAUGGCUCUUCCAAGACAUGCAAGAAAAUAAAAGUCACAAUAAGACAGUUUGCAGACAUCUGCCUGUUUUCAACUGCGCAGUACAAGUGUCCUGUGGCUUCGCUAGAAUCAGAGUAAGUACCUGAUACCAGUUGAAAAACGUUGGAUGUCUUCAUCUGUUAAAAGAAAGCUUGGCGCUUGACUUGAAAUAAGAAAAAAUUUGCGCGAGGCUUACGCGCAUGUUGACGCUUGAAAGGUUCCUUUGCACGAUGUCAGAAAUUAAGCCUAAAGCGGACGCUAAGCAUUUUAGUUUGUAGACUUCUUGGAUGACUCAGUUUGUUGUCGUUUUCACCCUUCGGAUUUUUCACAUGUGCAGAUCACGCGUAAGAACUCUUAGCGAUGGCCUCAUGGUUAGUGCGCUCGUCUCAGGAUCA